GAAAGCAGAUUGAGCGAGAAGAGUAAAGGAGCCAAGAAUGAAGAGGAAAAGGGAAAGGAAGCUCCUUCCAAAGACCUGGACCGGAAACGAGAUACAAAAGUGGGGAAAGACUCCAAAAAGGAGGAAAGCGUUCAGAAAACAGACCCAAAAGUCAAAGGUGAGGCUGAGACCAAGACCAAAGAGGAGAAGGCUAUCAACGACAAAGUCAAGGCCAUGGAGAAAAAGCUGAUGGGGAAGGACAAAAAGGAGGAAGGGAAGGAUUCGGUGCUGAAGAAGGACACGGGGAAGGAUAAAAAGGAGGAAGAAAAGGGCUCAGCAUUAAAGAAGGACGUAGGAAAGGAUAAAAAAGAGGAAGAAAAGGGCUCAGCAUUAAAGAAGGAUGCAGGGAAAGAUAAAAAGGAAGAAGAGAAGGGCUCAGCAGCAAAGAAGGAGACAGGGAAGGACAAAAAGGAAGAAGAGAAGGGCUCAACAGCAAAGAAGGAGACAGGGAAGGACAAAAAGGAAGAAGAAAAGUGUUCUGCCUUGAAGAAGGGCACAGAGAAGGACAAGAAGGAGGAAGAGAAGAGUUCAGGAUCAAAGAAAGAGGCAGAAAAAGACAGAAAGGGAGAAGAUAAGAAAGAAAAAGAGAAAAAAGAAGAGGAAAAGAGUUCAGCUUUGAAAAAAUCAAAGGCAGAUGAGGAGAAAUCGCAGGCAGAGGCAGAAAAGGCAGCGGAGGAGAAGCAAGAGGCCAAGGCAGCGGCCGAGAGCAGCCCCCCCAAACCCGCCACGGGCAGCUCCCCGGACCAGGCCAAGGAUGACGAAGCCUCCAGCAUCUUUGACGAGCUCAUCGAGAAGGUGAAGAACAACGACGCCGAGGUCACCGAGGUGAACGUGAACAACUCGGACUGCAUCAACAACGAGACCCUGGUGCGCUUCACCGAGGCCCUGGAGUUCAACACCGUGGUCAAGCUGUUCGCCUUGGCCAACACCCGUGCCGACGACCACGUGGCCUUCGCCAUCGCCAUCAUGCUGAAGUCCAACAAGGUGCUGACCAGCAUCAACCUGGACUCCAACCACAUCACGGGCAAGGGCAUCCUGGCCAUUUUCCGGGCGCUGCUGCAGAACAACACGCUGACGGAGCUGCGCUUCCACAACCAGCGGCACAUCUGCGGGGGGAAGACGGAGAUGGAGAUCGCCAAGCUCCUGAAGGAGAACACCACGCUCCUCAAGCUGGGCUACCACUUUGAGCUGGCCGGGCCACGCAUGACGGUCACCAACCUGCUGAGCCGAAACAUGGACAAACAGAGGCAGAAACGCCUCCAGGAGCAGAAAUUGGCCCAGGAGCGCGGGGAGAAGAAAGACCUCCUGGAGGUGCCCAAGCCCGGAGCCCUGCCAAAGGGGUCCCCCAAGGCGUCCCCACAGCCAUCCCCCAAGGCUUCCCCUAAAACCACUCCCAAGAAAGGGGGAGCGCCCGCUGCGCCGCCCCCGCCGCCUCCUCCGCUCGCCCCGCCAGUGAUCAACGAGAACCUGAGGAACUCGCUGUCACCGGCCACGCAGCGGAAAUUGGGAGACCGGGCACUGCCGGUCCAGGAGAAGAACUCGCGGGACCAGCUCCUGGCGGCCAUCCGCUCCAGCAACCUCAAACAGCUCAAGAAGGUGGCGGUACCGAAGCUGCUGCAGUAG